ACUAACAAGCCUUGACACUUCGACAUCAUGGCGUAGCGAUGUGGACAGACGGGGGUAACACUGGUUGGCACGGAGAAGUUCAGAAACUGAGCAUUGUGGAGGUUUUGUAAACAGUUGAGAAAACAAACUGAAGGAAAUCCCGAAAUCUUGUCGAACAGACUUCCGGUUAAUCAGUGACUAACGAUGAUGGCUGAUGCCAGCGACAUGUUGGCCGCCGCCCUGGAGCAGAUGGAUGGCAUUAUAGCAGGCUCCAAGGCUCUGGACUACUCCAAUGGGAUGUAUGACUGCCAGUCUCCUACCUCUCCCUUCAUGGGCAGCCUGCGGGCGCUUCACCUUUUGGAAGACCUCAGUAGCGUCCUGGAGUUGAUGGACACCGAUGAAAGGGAAAGUCUACGCUGCCAGAUCCCCGACUCCACAGCUGACAGUCUGGUGGAGUGGCUCCAAGGUCACCUGUCUAACGGGCACAUCUCUCUGAGCGGGGGCGACCACUACCAGGAGAGGCUUUCCAGAAUCGAAACUGAUAAGGAGUCUCUGGUCCUUCAGGUGAGCGUGCUGACAGACCAGGUGGAGGCUCAGGGAGAAAAGAUCAGAGACCUGGACCUGUGUUUGGAAGACCACAGAGAGAAACUCAAUGCCACAGAGGAGAUGCUGCAACAG